CGCCAUCAACCUUGCCUAAGUCGGCAGCAUUGAAAUCGAGGCGGGGAAUUUCAUGUCCAAUUUGUACCACAAUCGACACAAUUAACAAUCCUCAACCUAAACUGCAACUCCGAGAAAUGAGAAAUAUUCUGCAAGAAAACCCAUCAGGCACUGCCGACGCGGAGAUGUCGUCGAACAAGGAUCUGAAAGGGCACAAGCUGCUAAUGCUCGUACCCUGGGAACCGCCAACGGGGUACAUUGACGGAUUACACAAGACGUUUCCCGGUCUGGAAGUCACACACGCCAAUUGGGACACGUGGAAGGAGAGUUCUUUACCAACCCAUAUCGAUGAGAAGGAUUGGAAGACCGUCACCAUUCUCCUCACUGGUCCAAAGUUCCCUACCAAGGAGGCGGCACCAAACCUCAAGCUAGUACAACUCCAGAGUGCGGGCGCAAACUACAUCCUGAACAACCCGCUAUUCACAGAUACAGAUGUUGCUUUUUGUACCGCGAAUGGCGUUCAUCCACCUCAGAUUGCGGAAUGGGUCAUAACCACAUUCCUAGCCUUUCAACAUCACAUUCCGCGUUUCCUUAAUCAAAUGAAGGAACACAAAUGGGUGCGUAGCUUUGACGACUCAGACACUCAAGAUGCCGUCAACCAGCGAGUCGGUAUCUUUGGAUAUGGAAGUAUCGGUAGGCAGGUAGCGCGAUUGGCUAAAGCCCUCGGGAUGGAUGUCUACGCCUACACGAACAGGCCCAGACCCACUCCCGAGUCACGACGGGAUAAUUCCUACAUAGUUCCCGGCCUCGGCGACCCGGAUGGUGUUCUUCCAUCAAAGUGGUUUUCAGGAACUAAGCCGGAGGAGGUAAUCGAGUUCCUGUCCUCGGAUCUCGAUCUCCUAGUUCUUGCCGUACCCCUGACGCCUCAGACGCAGGGGCUGAUUUCGGCCCCGCAGCUCACGGCUCUCAAGGGAAAGAAGACGUAUGUGGUCAACAUAGGACGGGGUCCGGUCAUCAAUACCGGUGACUUGAUAACGGCUCUUAACGAGAACUGGAUCCGAGGAGCUGCCUUGGACGUAACCGAUCCCGAACCCCUGCCCAAGGAACACCCUCUGUGGGAUGCGAAAAACCUAAUCAUCACGCCACAUGUCAGCGGUAACUCGACGAGCUAUAAUACUCGUCUCUUAGAUAUUCUGAACAUCAAUCUCCAUAGACUGAGCGAGGGUAAGGGGUAUUUGAAUAGAGUAAGCAGGUCGAGAGGAUACUAGAUUUAUAGUUCGAUAGGUAUUCCAUUCCAAUAGACGGUUCAGGUAUAACUUCCAAGUCAGGGUAAAGAGAAAGGAAAAUCAUCAAUACAUAUUUCACUCAAA